AGGACCUUUGAACAUUGGAUGUGAAAUAUCUGCUCUAAAUUGAUCACUGCAGAAUACUUGCGUCAUCAUACAAGUGACCAGGACUCUUUGGAAUCCAUGAGCUAAUCAAAUAAGAAAGGAAAUUACAUAUGCAACAUUUCAGAGUUUUAAAUGGGAGCCACUCAUAGGAAAACCCCAUUCCAUGCUGAGAUUGUUUAUAAAGAAUUAUGAGAAAUGACAACAAAAGAAUCAAAGUUCGAUUUUUCACAGAUGAAACUACAAAAUGCAUGGAGUACUGUAAUCCUGUCAGACAAGUGAAAAUGGCCUACCAUCAACAAAGCCCUGCAAUAUUUAGUGUGAAGCUGUGACCUCUCCUCCCCUUACAAUAUGGAACUCUGUGAUCCAGGAAGAAGACCAAGAUCAGGAUGCUGUAGAUGGAAGGAAGAUUAAUCAUAACUUUCUUUCUCUUUCCCAAAUUACUGCUUUGUCAGAAGAAGACAUAGAAGGAAUUAUGAGAAGGCUGACGGAGUAUCUGAAUUUAAAAGAAUUACAGACAUCUUUGAUAGAAGUUAUUCUGCUAGAUUAUUAUACUGCGGGAUUUUGUUGGGCUAAAGAAAAGAAUUUCAGUGUCAUGCAGAUGUUACAAUUUAUGGAUCUCUUAAACUUCCUGUUGGAGAACCUCCGUGACAGACAUAUGAGCUUAGAAGAUAACAUAAGGGAACUUGGAAAAGCAAUGUCUGGAAUAGGAGAAACUAAUUCAGAAAGAAGUGGUGACUUGGAUGCCUUCAACACUGAGCAAGCCAAAGCAGUCAUUGAUUUCAUGAAUAUCAGCUUACUUCGACUCUAUAAAUUGUAUGCACAUCUCUUCUACGGUCGUAAAGAGGAACAUGUGAUAAGUUAUGAGUAUAUGGUUGAACUUGCCCCACGUGCAGUUACCUCCUUCCCUGCUCCACCUGAGGAAGGUGUAUCUUCAGAUUUCUAUGCAUCACUCUUAGCAUUACCAGCAGAUAUGGAACGUAAGGGAUCUGAACCAGAAAGUUUCCUCGGAGAGCCCAGCCCAAAGGCAGAGUCCUUCGAGGCAGGCGCUGUGGCUGGUUUCAGUCACGAAGAUCAGAAGCCCACAGUCCUUCCAAAUCCCAAAUGAAAUUAUUGGCAACCUUGAGGCAGACUUAAGAGAAAGGCAGUAAAUGCAAGAAGCUAAAACUUUGAGGACAGAACAAUUAAAAGAUCUUAACUAGCCAAUUGA